AUGGGCGGUCACCGUCGAGAUCAAUCCGAUUCAACAAUGCCCCUUCGAUCAAAUGCCGAUUUUAUCGGACCUGAGUCUCAAGAAUUACAGGUGCGCGCGAGUUCCUCAGAGAACUCGUUAUCGGCGAAUGGGGGAAUCGCCAUCACAAUUGAUCCAACCGAUCCCGAUCAUCGAUCUCAUCUCCAUCACAAAGAACAUAUGAACGAACCCCGACAAUCGGAAGCGUUGAAGACGGUGAUCGCCUUUUUUUGCUUAACGAUCUCAGCUUUUCUGAACUUUUUCCUAUUGACGGUGAUUCAUGAUAUCGUUCCCCGUGAACCCCUCCCAGACAUCGUUUUUCUCACAAUUCCCCAACAAAGAUGGGCAUGGAGUGUAGGAGAUGUGCUGUCGACGUUGAGCUCUAUUGUCGCAUUCACCGUUGUCCUUUGCAUCGUGAUCGAUGGAGCCGUGAUUUUGGGAGUCACCUUUUUACCUCCAUCAUUCCAUAACAGAGAUCAAAUCUGUCAACUACAAGUCAACCGAACGGCUAUGUAUGGGGUGGAGAUCGCGACGAGAUUCCUCACCUACGUGGUCACUCUGGGGCUGACCUCUGGUCAGGACAAGAUCCUCUGCGGUGAUCUCAUGUUCUCCGGGCAUACUGUUGUUCUCACCAUCAUGUACUUCGUCCAACUACAGUACACCCCAAGAGGGCUCGUCAUCUUACGCUAUAUUGCGGCUCCGAUCACUUUCCCUCGGCAUCGCCGCUUUGGUCGUUUCGGGUGGCCACUACACGAUGGACGUUUUAAUAGCCUAUUGGUUAACAUCACACGUCUUUUGGGGAUAUCAUCAAAUGUUCGAAAUGCCGAAAGUGCAAAGGCCGCACGCACCGAUGAGUCGACUAUGGUGGUUCUGGCUGUGUUACUGGUUCGAGAGCGAUGGCCCGAAGGAGCACGGAGAUUCAUGGAAAAACUCAACCAUCGCCUACAG